AUGUCAACUCCGAAUCGCCAACGCCAACAACGCCAACACACAUCAGGUCAACGACCACAACAGCAACCCCCACAGGAACCCGCACAAGAACCCCCACCCCCACCACUACCACCACCAAAACAUACCUACGAACAGCUAGCGGCCCACUGCAACCUUUACUUCACUCGCCCGUCCGAAGAAUGGUCCUACACCUCCUUCGCAACCCACUUAACCGCCGCCCUCGGUGCCCUCAAGUUCGACGUCCUCAACUUCCGCUGGAGCAAGAACCUCUCCGUCAUCGCCGAGUCGCGCCUGGAGUCGCGCGACCGCAGGAGGAAAGCGCGCAGUCUGUUGGAUGCAGCGAGGUCUAGUGCUGGAAAGAGAUACGGUCGGGGAGCUGGAUCAACACGUUUACGCCCAGACGCGCCGCCAGUGUCGGUGCAGCAGCAGACGAUCGUCAAUGGGGAUAUCAUCCAGACGGGUGGGGUGAAGAUACAUGAGGUUUCCAGUGAGGUUUUUGUGGCGGGUGGGAGCGGGGGUGGGGGGGUGACGGUUGACAGGGCGGGGACAAGGAAGCGGAGGGGGGAGGAUGAUGAUGAUGGGCAGCGGGGUGAGGGCGUGACGGCGGGGAAGCGGCGAAUGCGGCGGACAGGGGACGAGCUGGCGGAGGAGGCGGAGGAGGCGGAGGAGACGGCGGAGGGGUCCACGCAGCGGAACAAUGGGGUGGAUGAGGUGGAAACGGAGGCAGAGGCGGAGGCAGAGGCAGAGGCUCUCGCCUCGCCCCAAACCCCCUCCUCGACCCCGCCAUCCUCGACCCCCGAGCUCCCGCCACACCACCCCGCCGACCACGACCACCACUCUUCCUUCCCCUCCUCUCUCCCGUCAUCCCCCACCUCUCCCCACCCCCCCUACAUGGACGACCCCUACUCCUCCUUCCCCCCUUUCCCCUACGACCCCCUCUUUGUCACCACAUAUCUUUCCAUCCCGCCCUCCCAGAAACACACCUUUACCACCGCCCGCGUCCUCGAGGACAUCGUCUACCACCAUGUGCGCACCACUCCUGCUGCCACCCCCUGGCUGCAAAACAACCCGAUCCUGCAAUGGAUCAUCGACCUCUCCGACCCGGUAGUGUCUCGAUGGUUCAAAUCUACAGAAAGGGAGGAGAUUGCAGCGUGGGGGCCCGGGCUGCCUGACAGGGAUACGGCUUUUGAAUAUGCGGUUGGGCGCUUUCCGACGAGUCCAAAGAGUAAAGCCGAGCUCUACGACGUAAUCGAGACGCCGUCGCGACCACCGGGGGAGCCGUUCGAUGAGCGUCGCCACGCCACGGCGCUGUAUGCCAACAGCGCUGCGUCCUCUAUACUCGCACUCCUUACCAGCUACGCGUCGUGUCCCUGGCUAGGCCCCUCUGACCUCCGCGAGGGCUGGUUCGCCUCUCUGUGGACGCCACUUCUGGACCGCUGCCUGCACACCAUCCCCGGGCUUUCCGUGUCGCGGACGGACAUCAAGAGUGCAGCAGGGAGUGCGAACCACCGCUACGAUGGGGUCCUCCGGUGUGUGCUGGCGGACGGGCGCGUUUAUGAUCUGGGCGCUAUUGAGGUUAGCCGUGGUGUGGUGGGGGCGAAAGAGGCCGACGAUGGCGCAAAGUUGGUUAGGGGCUUGAGGGGGAUGCUGAGGGCUGUGGUGGAGGGCACGGGAAUGCCGGGGGAUGGGAUGCAGGUGGUGGGGGUGCUGUGUGUGGGGUGGAGUUUGAGGGUGUGGACGAUGCAUAUGCUGGGAGAAGGGGGGGUGACGGUUUUGGUUAAGGGGAGGGCGAGGAGUGUGCCGAUGACGUGGGAGCAGUGGGGGGCAGUGGUGGAGGUGAUGAGGGGCGUGGUGAGGGUGAAGGGGAUUGUGGAAAGGGGGGUUGAGGCUGCGCGGGUGUGGGAGGAGGGGCGGAGAGGGCGGGAUGUUUUGUAG